AUUGUUUUGUACAUUUCUAGUAUCCGCGUUGACCCGCGAGCUCCCCCCAACCCCCGGCCUCCAGACCUUGGACUCCAAAGAUUUGGCUGGGUUCUCCUCAUUUUUAUCCCCAGUCUUGGUUUUGAAAGGAAAGCCCUUGUUAUUGCUUUCAUCAGCUUAAAGAAUCUGAUCCCUUUUGCAGCCCUCCUGCUGAUCGCUCCUCCUCAUUCUGCCCUUUUAACCAACGGGGGCAGCUUGAGGAGAAGCAUACCUGGGUCAAUUUUUGGAAUCAUUCUCUGACUAUUUGUUCAAUCGGGUCGAUUUGGGAACCUGGGCUGUGAUGAAUUCUAAAUCAUCGUCGAGGAGAGGGAGAAAGGAGGAGGAGAAGGAGAAGCAAGGGGAGGAGGAGCGGGCUGUGAAGGAGUUCAGGGAGAUUCUGAUCGAGAGAAACUUGUUGCCGGCGAGGCACGAUGAUUACUUUACUAUGAGGAGAUUUUUGAAGGCAAGAGGGUAUAAUGUUGAUAAAGCAACUCAUAUGUGGUCAGACAUGCUCCAGUGGAGAAGUGACUUUGGUACAGAUUCUAUUGUGCAGGAUUUCAUGUUUGACGAACUGCAAGAGGUGGUUAAUUACUAUCCUCAUGGUUAUCACGGAGUGGACAAGGAGGGAAGACCAGUGUAUAUUGAAAGACUAGGAAAAGUUGACCCAAACAAGCUUAUGAAUGUUACCACAGUUGAGAGAUUUUUGAAGUACCAUGUGCAGGCAUUAGAAAAGGUAUUUCUUGAGAAAUAUCCAGCAUGCUCAAUUGCAGCUAAAAGGCACAUUGAUACUAUGACAACAAUAUUAGAUGUGCAGGGAGUGAACUGGAUGAACGUUGGCAAAUUAGCUCAUGAUGUUGUCAUCCACAUCAGUAAAAUUGAUAGCAAUAACUAUCCGGAGAUAUUAAAUCAGAUGUAUAUUGUUAAUGCUGGCAAUGGUUUCAGAUUAUUGUGGAGUGCCCUAAAAAAUUUCAUUGAUCCUAGGACAUCUGCUAAGAUACAGGUUCUAGGAGAUAGGUAUAAAAGUACGCUGCUAGAGAUCAUAGAUAUAAGUCAACUGCCUGAUUUUCUUGGUGGUUCUUGCACUUGUCAAAAUGAAGGUGGCUGCCUGAGAUCCAAUAAAGGACCAUGGAGGGAUCCAGAAAUAAUUAAGUUGGUCAACGGUGAGAAAAUGACAAGCUCGACGAAGAUAACUAAUAGAUCUGAUCAAGAGGAACUCAAUUUGCACCUUGUGCCUCCCAUAUCACAGGAGCUGAAGUAUAAUGAGUUGUGUACACAGCAAGAAUCAAAUGUUAAAAAUGUGGACUCAUUUUAUGAAGCGAGGAUGGAUGAAAGUGUUUCCCAGGGCAGUUUGACCACUCAGUCUGAUGUCAACAAUGGUUAUGAAGGUUCUUCAAGUGAUCACUUUAUCUCUCCUAGUUCUGGGUCUAUCUUCAUUCAGUUGGCGAGAGCUGUAGCCAGUUUCCUUGUUAAAUUACUUGCAGUUUUUCAUCUAUUCCGUGGUCUGGGCAAUUUCAGUGCUCCUAAUGCAGAAUCGUACUCUUUGAGUGUCAACACUCCUCAACUUGAUAUCAGAGAAGAUUCUGUUACUCCAUGCUUGGAACGGUUGCAGAGGCUUGAAGAAAUGGUACAUGAGAUAACCAAGAAACCUACAAAAAUUCCUCAGGAGAAAGACAACAUGAUUACUGAGUCGCUUACUCGAAUCAAGUCAAUAGAAUAUGAUCUACAGAAGACAAAGAAUGCAUUGAGUGCCUCCUCUUUGAGGCAAGAGGAAUUAGCGGAGUCGCUUGAGUUUUUAAAGCAAACCAGUGUACAGAGAAAAUCAUGUUGGUUUAAUGAUCGCAACUCUCUUCAACCAGAAAGAUCAUAUUUGUUUUCAGGAGAAAGAGAAUAUACUGCCCAAUUGUGAAAUACUUUUUUUUUUGUGGGGUGAUUUAAGGGGCAUCACAUCCUAGAUAUGAUGGGUGAUUCUUACAGGUUUGUGUUACACACUUGAAGCAAUAAAGUGAAGCCUUUUUGGUGUUUAAUUGCUGCGGCUUAUAUCACCUCAAAGAAAGCUGCUGCUGAUAGCAAGUAUUUGAGUGCCUAAUAAGCACGGUAUCUUUAAUUCAUGCUUUAUAGUUUCAAAAGUUUGAAAUGAUUGUUGUAUCAUCUGUAAAUUUAAUAUUGCAAAUAUAAGGAUUCACGAACAUUCUGAGUAGAAUGUUUUAGGAAAUUCAUCCUGUAUAGAGCAGCAACUCUCAAUAAGUCAAGUAUCGAGCGAUGGUUUGAUAUUGCAUCUGAGCUCCUGCUAUCAUGAGAAAAAUAACGCAGCUAAUGUAAUAAGCGGAGGAUACAGACAUAUUUUAUAUUUAUUCUCAUGUGAACA